UAAAAGAGAGCCGAUCUAUGCGCUAAUCCCGAAAGCUCUUUUAAGUUGUUGUUUUCCGCCGAGUGCGAAAGGAAGUCACGAGAACUGUGGGGAAACUUUUUUUUUUUUUACGUUUGUAGAUAGAUAAACCAUGGACACCAACACAGAACCUCAAGUGGCUGUGGGGGUAGAAGGUGUAACAAACAAUAUCAUGGGGGACCAAGAAGUGCUAGUUGUGACUCAGAAACACCAACACUACCCUCUGCCCAUCAUCCCUGCCCUCUACUCCAAACUUCUGCUUCUGGUUGUGCUGCCUGUUGGGGGCUUCCUGAUGCCAGUCUUCCAUAAUGAGGAAACAGGAACUAGCAGCUUCUCAGGACUCCAGUAUCUACAUGUGUGUGUGUGGGCAGUGGUGAUGCUUUUAACCUGGUACAUCAAAGGUGAACACAAGAAUUCUCGCAUCCUUGGCUACCACGAUUUUUACAACUCCACAAGACACCUCCACCGAACCACAUUUUACAUCAUGAGUGGCGGGAACGUCAUCCUUAUGGUCCUGGCCUGCCUGGUGCGGGAUUACUGCAUGGGUGGCUCUGUGUCAAGGUGCAGUGUUAACAUAUCCCUUUCACCAGUCAACUAUCAACAGAUCACGUUCCUCCUUGAGGUGGUGAUUGCCAUACCCUUUGUUAUCAAGCAUAUUGUAUUUGUAGUGAGGUUCAACGCUGCUGCAGCUCCUCCUGACACUCUAGCAGACGACCUCGCCUUCAGAAUCUCUGGCCCCGAGUCCUACGUUGGGGUCAGGGGCCCUAGCAGUCUGGAGUGGGUAUUGGAGAGACAAGCAGACCUCCUUCAAGUACUAAGGCAUCGCAACUCACUUCUCAGUCAGCAGGUGUUUUCACUCACACAGCAACUUGAACAAAGUUAAUUCUCUCUCUCUCUCUCUCUCUCUCUCUCUCUCUCUCUCUCUCUCUCUCUCUCUCUCUCUCUCUCUCUCUCUCUCUCUCUCUCUCUCUCUCUCUCUCUCUCUCUCUCUCUCUCUCUCUCUCUCUCUCUCUCUCUCUCUCUCUCUCUCUCUUGCUUUCAUCUUUGUUGGAUUUUUUCGUUUUUUGUAUAUUUGUGUCAAAGGCAUUCUUCUGUGUGUGUGUGUGUGUGUUUGUGUGCACGCACAUCUCCUUGCUCAACUAUCCUGCAGCACUACAUGUUGCUAAGUCUAAUUGAAUCAUAUUAGUGUAUCAUGAUUAUUAUGUGUUUUAUGAUUAUGUUACUAAUUACCCGUGUAUGUAUUAUCAUUAUUGCUGUUGUUAUCAUUACCAUAGUUACCAUUGUUAUCAUGACAUUUCCUUCCAUAUUGCCUGAGGUCCUUUUAUAUAUGUGCCUUGAUUUCUUCUCUCACAAAUUAAUUUUAUAUUAGAAAACUGGUUAAACUUUCACACAAAAAAAAAGUCAAUGAUACCUGCUUCAUUUUUUUUUUUUCUUCUUCUACAUUAAUGCCAACUUUAUUUUUCUUCUCCUCCUCUGCAUCUUCCUCCUCCUUCUUCUGUGUUUAAGGUGGAAAGUGUUGUAAGAAGGUCACCAUUCAGUGCAAGAAGGAAAGAAAGAUGUGAAUUGUUGUAUUAGGAAUUAAGCUCCAGUUACUGUUUUCGUUGACAUCUGUGGUAUACUAUAUAGUGUGCUUCCAGUUACCCAUACCUUUGUUGAUUCUCUCUCUCUCUCUCUCUCUCUCUCUCUCUCUCUCUCUCUCUCUCUCUCUCUCUCUCUCUCUCUCUCUCUCUCUCUCUCUCUCUCUCUCUCUCUCUCUCUCUCUCUCUCUCUCUCUCUCUCUCUCUCUCAAGGUUGUUAAUUGGGUUGUGUGAUGGGUUUUUGGGUAUAAUAUUGUUUUUGUAUGUGAGAGAGAGAGAGAGAGAGAGAGAGAGAGAGAGAGAGAGAGAGAGAGAGAGCAGAGAGAGAGAGAGAAUGUUAUUGUGCAUAUGAUAUUAAUGAUUUCUAUUAUAUCCUCUAGUCAUAAGAAAUUAAAAUAGUCACACACACACACACACACACACACACACACACACACACACACACACACACACACACACACACACACACACACACACACACACACACACAGACUUAAUCAUUCUUUGUGCUGGUGAACUCCUUGGCGUUGUUACUUGCAGACAGGUUUUUGAAGAAAAUUAGUUAAUAAUUGUGAUAAAUAGUUAUCUUGAACCAUAUAUUGUAAGCAAUUAUGAUCAAGGUAUUUUUGUAUUGCCCUAUAAUGCUUAUCUUUUUUAGAAAGAAAUAUAAUUGUAUUGCAUAAAUAAAUGAAAAA